AUGCUGGAAAUCGAUGAUACUCCUGGAGGCGCCGGUUCAGUUGAAUCAUCGCUUCUCGACCAUAGCAUGAAUAGCUCUAAUGUUCCAGUUAAUCAGAUUGAGCUAGGCGAGGAAGAAACAGUCGAGCCACCCGUUAGCGCUGAAUCGGUACUCGAUCGCCUCUCAAAAUUUCCAUAUCAAGUAUUUGUCUUAUCCGAAUAUGGGAGGCCAAUAUUUGUGUCGUGUGGUCAUGAAGAUCAGCUGUGCUCUCUUUUUGCCUUGAUAGGAGUUUUCGUGUCAAGAGUGAAGAUGUGGGGAGACCGACUGCUGCAGCUUUCAUCGGGUGAUGUGCAUGUUCGAUUUUGCCACCGAUCAUCUCUAAUACUUUGUAUAGUGUCGCGAUCUUACGAACUUCUUGAUGAUCAAUUGAAUGUGCUGUUUGACCAAAUAGUUUCUACUCUGUCGAGGUCACAGUUGGACAUAGUCUAUAAGAAGAAGGGAGAUAACUAUGAUUUGCGGCGACUGCUCAGAGGGACCGACAAGUACAUGGACAGUAGUGUGUCAGCGUGGCGCACUGAUGUCUCCCUGCUUCAGUCAGCCAUUCGAGUGCUUCCAAUGCAGCCGUCUGACAGGGACUAUUUGUCUUCUACGAUGGUGUCGUGCCUCACAGCCGCAAAGCUUGACGGAGUUCUUUUUGGUUUGAUGAUUGCCCAUCGGCAAGUAGCAGCCAUGGUGCGCCUCAGACGUUAUGCGUUACAUCCUCGUGACACUCAUAUUCUCUUGAAUCUUAUUUCGGGGAACAGCUCUCUCCGAAUCACGGAAGCGCAGACGUGGACACCAAUCUGUUUGCCAAACUUCAAUGACAAAGGUUUCGUCUAUGCUUACAUUUCGUUUCCGUGGGAAGAAAGUGCGGCUUGCCUCAUCUUGAUCUCUGUGAAAAAGGAUCAUUUCGAUCCAUUAAACGAGGUUCUAUCAGUUUGUUGCUUAUGGAUAGCUGAAGGACUCAGCUCGAAAAUUUUGAAAUUUUUAGGUGAAAAAGAAGAUUGUGGAAAAACUAGAGAGCAACGCCUAAGUUCUUUCCCAGUUUCAAGUCUUCUGUCGAAUCUCCUGUUGCAUUCAGCAUAUCACAGCAUUGUACUGGUAGCGACGUUUUGUGGUCGUUUGUCUAUAAAAAUAGAUCUUCUCGUCAAGUAUGUAUAUCUGGUGCCAAGUAAAGUACCUCUGAUCUCACGUGCUGAGAGAAUCGCUACACGGUCGUUGUAUGAAAGAAUCACGCAUUUGGUGCGUGAGGAACCCCACAUGCGAUGCCUCUUUCUGAAGCGAAGUCGUGAUAAUGUUCUUGUAUGGGUGACUGACAAGUUUGAGCUGCAGUGCGUAUUCAGCCCAUUGGUGUCGGCCGUUAUGGCGACCACAAUGGUUGAUCGCUUGCUGAAGACGUUAAAAUAUCAUGAACAACGAUAUUUCAUCAUACAUACGCCGUCUUUCUAA